GGCAGCCUCCAGUGGCCGCGGACGCCGCCGCUGGCGUCCCCCGCCCCCAUCCCCGCGCGCAAGUGCGAGGCUGCCCGCGGCGCGGCGCACGCUUUGCUACUUUCGGCUUCCGCGCAAAACUUCCAGCCUGUCCACGUGAAGUUGUCGCUCCCCUUUCAGAGGGGGAUAGAACUUUGGGAAACGCUGGCGAGUGACGACUGUGGUGGCCGGGCGCGCGCUCUCUUUUUCUUUUCUACUUUUGCUCCCCUGUCGUCAGUCCAGAGUUUGGGCUCCUCUUCUUUCCUCCUCCCCCUCGGAGCCGGCUUGUCCCCCCGCCCCGUUUCUCCCCCACUUGUGUACGCUACUUGUUGGUGGGGGUGGGGGGUGACCGAAGGGGAUGUCCUGUUUUCACCAGAGGCACAGCGCGAAGGGGAAACUUCGACACUGGAAAGAACGAGAAUAAAUACCUAAACACGGACGCACGGAUCCGCUGCUGGGACACUUGAACUUCAGGAUCCUGAGGCGGUUGGACCGACAAGAGAUAGUCCAUUCUGAAUUGAAGGAAGCUGCUUCUACUUGGGAGUGGCAGGAGAAGUGAGAAAACCACAUGGAAGACUCCCAGGAUUUAAAUGAACAAUCAGAGGCUGUUACAGGAGAAUGUGAUGUGGUAGCAUUCUCUGACAAUGAGGUGAUAAGCCUAAGAAUGAAAAACCAACAUGCUAAGGAUGGCCAAACAGAAGGACAGAGAGAAGAACUUGCAUUGCUGAGGACAUUAUUGAGCUGCCAAGCCUGGAACAUCCUCCUUCAAGACUUCUUGCUUGUAAAGAAAACGUGCACAGAAUCAGAUGUUUCAGAACCUCAGAACUCCAGGUCUAUGGAAAUGCAGGACCUAGCAAGUCCUCACCCUCUUGUUGGAGGCGGUGAUGCUCCAGGCAGCUCCAAACUGGAGAAAGCUAACCUCAGCAGCACGUCGGUCACCACAAAUGGGACAGGAGGGGACAACAUGACUGUUUUAAACACUGCAGACUGGUUGCUGAGUUGCAGCACCCCCUCUUCUGCAACAAUGUCUCUCCUUGCAGUCAAAACAGAGCCUUUGAACAGCAGUGAAACCACAACCACGACUGGAGAUGGAGCGCUUGACACUUUUACUGGGUCAGUAAUAACAAGUAGUGGCUACAGUCCCAGAUCAGCACAUCAAUAUUCCUCACAGCUCUAUCCUUCCAAGCCCUAUCCACACAUUCUUUCUACACCAGCAGCUCAAACAAUGUCUGCCUAUGCAGGCCAGACUCAGUAUUCGGGAAUGCAGCAGCCGGCGGUCUACACAGCGUACUCACAGACCGGACAGCCCUACAGCCUGCCCGCUUACGACUUGGGUGUGAUGUUGCCAGGCAUCAAGACAGAGAGUGGACUUCCACAAACUCAGUCUCCAUUACAGAGCGGGUGCCUCAGUUACAGCCCAGGGUUCUCCACCCCACAGCCGGGCCAGACACCUUAUUCUUACCAGAUGCCAGGUUCUAGUUUUGCACCAUCAUCUACUAUUUAUGCAAAUAAUUCAGUUUCCAAUUCAACGAAUUUCACCGGCUCACAACAGGAUUAUCCAUCUUACACAGCCUUUGGCCAAAACCAGUAUGCACAGUAUUACUCAGCAUCGACAUAUGGAGCGUAUAUGACAUCAAAUAACACAGCUGAUGGCACGUCAUCUUCAACCUCAACCUAUCAGUUGCAGGAAUCUCUCCCAGGACUGACUAGCCAACCAGGUACAGAUCUUCAUCCAGGAGAGUUUGAUACGGUGCAGAGCCCCUCCACACCCAUUAAAGACCUUGAUGAGAGGACGUGUCGGAGCUCCGGGUCCAAGUCCCGAGGGAGAGGCCGCAAAAACAACCCCUCGCCCCCGCCAGACAGCGACCUGGAGCGUGUGUUUGUCUGGGACUUGGAUGAAACCAUCAUUGUUUUUCACUCACUGCUCACAGGUUCUUACGCCCAGAAGUACGGCAAGGAUCCCCCCAUGGCUGUCACCCUGGGACUCCGAAUGGAGGAAAUGAUUUUUAAUCUUGCUGAUACACAUUUAUUUUUUAAUGAUUUAGAGGAGUGUGAUCAAGUUCAUAUAGAUGAUGUUUCCUCUGAUGAUAAUGGGCAGGACUUAAGUACCUACAGUUUUGCAACUGAUGGCUUCCAUGCAGCUGCAAGUAGUGCAAACCUUUGUUUGCCAACAGGUGUAAGAGGAGGGGUGGACUGGAUGAGGAAGUUGGCUUUUCGUUACAGAAGAGUAAAAGAAUUAUACAACACCUACAAGAACAAUGUCGGAGGACUCCUUGGCCCGGCCAAGAGAGACGCGUGGCUGCAGCUAAGGGCGGAGAUCGAAGGCCUGACCGACUCCUGGCUAACAAAUGCACUCAAGUCUCUGUCAAUCAUUAGUACUAGGAGUAACUGCGUAAAUGUCUUGGUAACGACAACCCAACUGAUCCCAGCACUCGCGAAGGUUCUGCUCUAUAGUUUAGGAGGUGCUUUCCCCAUUGAGAAUAUUUACAGUGCAACUAAAAUAGGAAAAGAAAGUUGCUUUGAACGAAUAAUGCAAAGGUUUGGCAGAAAAGUAGUAUAUGUGGUAAUUGGGGAUGGUGUAGAAGAAGAACAGGCAGCAAAAAAGCACAACAUGCCCUUUUGGAGGAUAUCAAGUCACUCAGACCUCUUGGCUCUACAUCAAGCACUGGAAUUAGAAUAUUUGUAACUGUGUUCUCUAGCUGGAGAUCCGUUGUUUUUUUUUUUUAAUAUUUCAAGUACACUGAAUUUUUAUGUGUGAUUCAAUGCCUCUCUGGCUUUACACAUAUAAAUUGUCUUAAAGGAUGAAAUCAUAUUUGGAAUGAAAAUUCCAGAAUGAAGAAUUCAGAUUGCUGAAUGGAAUUAAACUUUAGCGCUACAGAAAGGAAGCUCUAUGGUCUUAUAUUUACAACACUUUAAUGAUUUAACAAAAAAAAAUCUGUGGAGGUUGCUGGUACAUACGGAAUGAGUCCUAACUGGAAUUACAGCUUUAGCGAAGAGCUCUGACCCUGGCGAAGCAGCACCACGUGCUCCGUCUGACAAGGUGGUCCGCAACAACAUUCCUCAACAUGGGAGACCCUCUCAGCCCUGAGGUUUGAAUCUGACUUUAGCCUACCUAGCCCAGAAAAUCUGAAUUGGAAUGCACUCAGACUGUGUAAGGACAGUCCUAUCUAGACCUGUAAUUUGUGUAAAUUAUUGAUGGAAAUAAUUUACUGUGACUUUAUUAGCAGCUGACUUUGAAAGUGGAUGCAAUUUUUUCUUUCAUUUGUUGGG